AUGACCAUUCAACCAGUCUUUCCUUCUUCUUCUUCUUCUCCAUAUGAUGUCUUUCUGAGUUUUAGAGGCGAGGAUACACGCACCAAUUUUACAGAUCAUUUGCGCAAUGCUCUGGUUGGUAAAGGGAUCCACACCUUCAUUGAUGAUGAUGAGCUUCCAAGAGGAGAAGAAAUAGCGCCAGCCCUUCUCAAAGCAAUUGAAGACUCAAGAAUUUCUCUCAUUGUAUUCUCUGAAAACUAUGCAUCUUCGAGGUGGUGUUUGGAUGAACUUGUUGAGAUCCUUCGAUGUAAACAAUCAAAGCAGCAAAUAGUUUGGCCCAUUUUUUACAAGGUGAAUCCAUCUCAUGUGCGAAACCAAACAAAUAAAUUUGGUAAUGCAUUUAACGGCCUUACUGAAAGCAAAUUCAAAGAUAAUGAGAAGAAGGUGCUCAUAUGGAGGGAAGCUCUUACAAAAGCAGCAAAUUUGUCCGGACAUCCUUUCAAGGAUGGAGAGCAUGAAGCUACAUUUAUCAACAACAUCGUUGAUGGAAUCUUAAGCCAAGGACUGAGCCGCACAUAUUUGAAUGUGGCCAAGUACCCAGUUGGAAUUCAAUCUCAUGUACAAGAUGUGGAAAGGCUUUUAGAUGUUGGUGGGAAUGGUCGUCGCAUGGUUGGGAUAUGGGGAGCAUCUGGAAUAGGCAAGACAACAAUUGCAAAAGCUAUAUGGAAUGAAAUUGCCCAUAAGUUUGAAGGAAGUUGUUUCUUGCCAAAUGUUAGAGAAGGAAGUUUAAUCCAGCUACAGGAGAAUCUUCUUGAUAAGAUUCUAGGCAAAAAAUUGAAAAUUGGCAAUGUUGAUGAAGGAUUUGGUGUUAUAAUGGAACGGUUGAGGCAUAAAAAAAUUCUAUUAAUUCUUGACGAUGUAGAUGAAUUGGAGCAGUUAGACAACUUGGCUGGAGAUGAUUGGUUUGGUGAGGGUAGUAGAGUAAUCAUUACUACAAAAGAUAUGAGAUUGCUAGACAAUCGUGAAAUUGAGUUGAUAUACGAGGUGAAGAAGUUAUAUUACAACCAACUUCUUGAGCUUUUCAGUUGGCAUGCAUUCGGAAGAACUGAACCUCCAAAAGAUUAUUUGGAACUCGCACAACGUGCAAUAGCUUUUGCUGAUGGCCUUCCACUAGCUCUAACAAUUUUAGGUUCUCAUCUUCGUAAUAGAGGAAUACGACGUUGGCAAGUUAUAUUAGAUGGUUACAAAGGAGAGCCUUAUACACAUAUUGAAAGAAUACUUCAAAAAAGUUAUGAUGCCUUGGAUGAUGACGCGAAAGAAGUUUUUCUCGACAUUGCAUGUUUCUUCAAGGGUGCAAAUAAGGACGUUGUGCUACAGAUAGUCCCCCAAAAUUGCAUUGUACUCCUUGAUAAGGCAAUGAUAACUAUUGAAUGGGAUGAUAGGAUUUUAAUGCACGACUUGCUAGCAAACUUGGGCAAGAAUAUAGUUCACAAAGAAUCCCCCAAUGAUCCCGGCAAGCGUAGUAGAUUGUGGUUUUACGAGGAUGUCAAGCUAGUGCUAACGGAAAAUACGGGAACAAGAAAUAUUAAAGGCAUCAUUGUGAAGCUUCCAGAAUCAGCUGAGAUAAACUUGAAUCCAGAAUGCUUCCGUAAUAUGGUAAAUCUUGAAAUUUUCAUAAACCGCAAUGCAUCUCUAUGUGGGCACAUUAACUAUCUGCCCAACGCGUUAAGAUUGAUUGAUUGGGAUAGAUGUCAGUUACAAUCUUUGCCACCCAAUUUUCAAGGAAAUCGUCUUGUUGAGUUCAAUAUGCCUUGCAGUCAUAUCAGACAAUUGGAGGGAUUUAAGCAUUUGUCAAAGUUGACAUCUAUGAAUUUGAGGGGUUGUCAAUUCUUAGAAAAAAUCCCUGACGUAUCCGGAAUCCCAAAUAUAAAGUACUUGAAUCUACGUGAGUGCACACUUUUGUUUGAGGUCGAUGGUUCUGUUGGAUUCCUUGAUAAACUUGUUCAAUUGGAUCUUGGUGGAUGCUUAAAUCUUACAAGGUUUGCAACAAGACUUAGAUUGAAAUCUCUUGAAGAACUUGAUCUUAGGGAUUGCAAAAUGCUUGUGAGUUUCCCAGAAAUAGAAGUCCAGAUGGAAUCACUACGGCAUUUGAACAUAUCAGGAAGUGGCGUAAGAGAAUUGCCUUCAUCAAUUGCAUAUCUUACUGGGCUUCGAGAAUUGUAUCUUUCUGGAUGCUUCAAUCUUACAAGGUUUGCAACACUUGGAUUGAAAUCUUUUGAAGAACUUGAUCUUAGUGAUUGCGAAAGGCUUGAGAGUUUCCCAGAAAUAGAAGUCGAGAUGGAAUCACUAGAGACUUUGGGCAUAUCAGGAAGUGGCGUAAGAGAAUUGCCUUCAUCAAUUGCACAUCUUACUGGUCUUGAAGUAUUACAACCUGAUUAUUGUGAGAACCUUACAAUUACGGUGAACUCUCAAGUGUCAUCCAGCAACUCCGAAUUACAGCUGCUUCCCAACCUAAUUGAUUUUAGACUCAGAGGAUGCAAUCUAUAA